UACAAAUGUCAGCUAAUAUAUCGACGCUCAACGCUGGCAGCAACAAUUGAAUACCACCGGUUUCUAUCGAUAGAAAUAUACUGCAAAUCAUAUGGGCUGCAGUUUAAUGACUUGUUAACGAAAUUCGGACACAAAAACAAACAGAACCCAUAUUAACGAAGAUGCAUUUAAGAUUAAGCUAUUUAUUAAUCGUUCUGGUCAGCUUCUUUGCAAGUGGUUGGACCUUCUUGGAACAUGAUAGCUGGAUAAAUAUUGAUUUGUACCAUGCGCUGACGCCUGCCAGGCCAGAGCAUUUUUCGCAUCGCGGUAAUAUCUCCAUACCAAGUCUGAAUGCGGGACUGUCGACAAUUGUGCAAAAUCCAUUAACGGACAAUGAGCUUGAAGGCCUAAAGGUUCUGGCACGCCAGAAUGGAUUCUAUCGCCUGAGGGCAACGGUCACAUAUCCCAAUGGCAGUAGCCAGCGCUUCCUGACCUCCAGCAAAGCGUGCAGUUUGCUGCUGGCCCAGUUCAAUGAUGUUCUAUGGGUAUCACUAGAUCCCAAUGGCUAUGUGACGGGCAUCACUACCUCCCAGGAUCCCGCACCAAAGAUCUCAGAAUGCACCGCCGAGAAUACGCAGCAAAUCAACGAGAAAAACUUCCGCUCUGAUGUUAUCCUUCGACAUGCCGAACUGGCACCGGUUCCGGACACUGGCAGCUUUAUACAGAAGUUCGAGCGUGAGCGUGAAGCCAGAGAGCGCGGCGAGGUGCGCGACAAUAGGGGCUUCUUUGCUAAAUACUGGAUGUAUAUUGUGCCUGUAGUCCUAUUGGUAUUUAUUUCUGGAGCAACCAAUCAGGAUGCUGCCAAAUAAGCAUUAGUAAAAGUAAAUUAGUAAAAAUCGUAGUUCUUUUGAUUGGAAAUAAAGGAAAUAACACAAUUAUGCUCAACCACACACAUACAUAUGUAUGUAUGUCUUUGAACAGCUAGACUAAA